GCAUCCGUUGGCCACAGCCACAUGUGUCCAAACUAACUAAGCCCAGAGGCCACGGAGAUCGACGAUCCAACAGCCGAUCCGUAAACGCGAGACGUCGACGGCGGCAUGGGGGCCGAGGCAGCCACCCCGCCGGCCGUGCUGCUCGUGCCGUUCCCAGCGCAGGGCCACGUGACGCCCAUGCUGCGCCUGGCGCGCGCCCUCGCCGCGCACGGCGUCGCGGUCACCGUCGCCGUGCCGGACUUCAUCCACCGCCGCAUCGCGGGGACGACGGCCGGCAGCGACGACGACGGCGUGGCGCUGGCGUCCAUCGCCAGCGGCGUCGCGGACUGCGGUGCCGACCCGCCGGGGUUCGCGGAGUUCGGGCACGCCAUGGAGCACCACAUGCCCGCGCACCUGGAGCGCCUGCUGGCGCGCCGCCGCGUGGCCUGCGUCGUGGUGGACGUGCUGGCGUCGUGGGCCGUCCCCGUGGCCGAGCGUUGCGGCGUGCCAGCGGCCGGGUUCUGGCCCGCGAUGCUGGCGAGCUACCGCGUCGUGGCCGCCAUCCCGGAGCUCAUGGAGGAGGGGCUCAUCUCAGAAUCCGGCACCCCUCAAUCAUCGCCGAAUCUGUCUGACGACGACGGGCUCAGCCAGGGCAAGAUGCUUCGAGCCCUCGACAUCUUGCCGGCACAGGUAGAGCUCAAGAACGAAGAGCUCCCAUGGCUCGUAGGCGACUCGGCUACCCAGAAAUCGAGGUUCGCGUUCUGGCUCCGGGCUCUGCACCGCGCGCGGAGCUUCCGCUCCGUCCUCGUCAACUCCUUCCCCAGCGAGGCGGGCGGUGUCGCCGCCGCGGCAGACGACGGCCACCCGGCGCGGCAGGGCCCGCGGGUCUUCCCGGUGGGGCCGCUGCUGGCGCUCGGCGGGGGCGACAGCAGCAUGGAGCAGCGAACGAAAGGCGACGGGCCCCCGGUGGCACCGUGCAAGCAGCAGCAGCCCAGCAGCAUGUGGCAGGCAGACUCGACGUGCAUGGGCUGGCUGGACAGGCAACGUGCGGCGUCAGUGGUGUACGUCUCCUUCGGCAGCUGGGUGGGGCCGAUCGGGCCCGAGAAGGUCCGCGAGCUCGCGUUGGGGCUGGAGGCCACCGGCCGGCCCUUCCUGUGGGCGCUCAGGAAGGACCCGUCGUGGCGCGCUGGGCUCCCCGACGGGUACGCCGAGGGGGUGGCCGCCGCCGGCCGCGGCAAGGUGGUGGGCUGGGCGCCGCAGGAGGACGUGCUGAAGCACGGCGCCGUCGGCUGCUACCUCACGCACUGCGGCUGGAACUCCACCGUCGAGGCCAUACGGCACGGGGUGCGCCUCCUGUGCUGCCCCGUCUCCGGGGACCAGUUCAUCAACUGCGCCUACAUCACUCGUGUGUGGGGGAUCGGGAUCAGGCUCGGCGGCGGCAUGAGCAGAGACGAGGUGAAGGACUGCAUCGAGAGGGUCAUGGACGGCAAGGAAGGGAGGCGUCUGCAGGAGAAGAUGGACUCGCUGAGGGAGAGAGUCGUGACGGCCGACGCAAGGAGUAUAGUGCAACGGAACGUCAAGUCCUUCGUGAACGAAAUUAGGAGGGAUUAUCCUUUGUCGAUGCAGAUGUACAGCACAUUGUAGAGGUCGAACACUGUUAUGUCUAUCUAGUGCAUUAUCGUUU